GUCAGUCCAAUAAAGUCACUGCAGCCUUUACAAUUUUAGAAGUUAGAGGUACUGUUUCAAUAUCGAAUAUUUACCUGGAGAAAACAAAGAAAAAAAGCAUAUGUAACAUCUCAUUUCCAGAGAUUCAUUUUCAUGUAGAAAGAGGCCAUCUGAUACAACAUGUCACUAGGAAGGGCAUCUUCGACGAUAACAUAUGCUGUAGACUCAUCCCAGUUUGACAUAAUAUUCAUUCACUAAUGUAAUAGUAGAAAACCACUAUCGACAAGCAACUCUACAAACUGAAUGUGAGGUGAACCAAAUGUCUUAUCAAACAGCUCUAAUGAAUCACAUAUCGAGACAUCACCUCUACACAUCACAGGAAUUGAAAGACAGAAUCUUCCAGUCAGUAACAAUAUAAGAUCCUCGGCAGAAGAGCAUCUAGAUUCUAUAGCAUCCUGAUUCCACAUUGUAUACGCAUUCUCAAUCCCAAUUUCAAAACUAAAUAAGAAAAGUGCCUUCUUGAACUCUAUAAUGCAUAGGCAAGACUUAAAAAAAAAAUUAAAAAAAAUGAACACAGAAAUCUUCAAUAUCAGAAAUGUACAAAACGGUAGCAAAUUACAGAGAAACCUUGGAGAAUAUGCCCAUCUCCGACAACUUAUGAACAUCGGGGAUCGAAUUACAGCACCAGAGAAUGCAGUUAAUUACAGCUGAAAAAUCAAGAGACAAGAAAGAACAAAGAAGAAAACUCCCUAAAAUAACACAAAUAAUCCUGUAUCCGGGAUGAGAAGAAGAAGUUAUCCUAAAAAUGAACACAAGAUUGAGUGGGCAGCAAAUGGAAACUAACACAUGGGAAGACCAAUUAAAUCAGCGAAAUAGCAGAAACCCACCUGAUGAUAAGAAGAAUUCGGAGCCAACCAAACCUCAAGCAUACAUUUUAAUCCGAAACGUAACAGAUCAGAAUAUGGUUAAUGGAGGAAGGGAGCGAAGGAAUAGAAGAGAUGAACACUAAAACCCUACUAAAGCAAUCCGUUUACAUACCCCUAAAUUUUAAUGAAUAAAGUGGUCGUCUUUGGUUCAAGAUGAGGACAAAAUAGUAAUAUUUCAUCCCCUUCUGAAUGAGGUUUAAGAAAUCUGUAGAAGGAUGAAAUUUUGCAUUAUCUAGUCUUUGAUCUUUUUUUUAAUCUGCGUUUUCAGUUUCGUAUCUCAAAUUUCUAACAAUGUACUUGGUGCCCAGAAAUUUUUUUCAUCGGAUUCAUUCCAAGAAGGUUUCUUUUUACAACAUUUUCUUCAAAACCCAUGUCGAUUCUUCUUCGGUGAAUUCGUUUGGAUUUCAGCAACGGAAUCCUGGGUUUGUUUCAAAUCCAUUUCGGAUGUCGGUUUCCAGUUAUGCCACCUCUCCGAUUCGACGGCGGCGGCUGAGGGGACCCCCAACAAGAUCUCUGAGGAGGAGAAUGAGCAGAAGAGCAAAAGCUGCCGCUGAGCCAGUGUUGGAUGAAGCUCAAUUUCAGAGGGCUAUUUCAAAACUCCUGCCCAGGUUCACCCCUGAGGAGCUCUGCAAUGUCAUUACUUCAGAGGAUGACCCUUUGGUAUGUCUUGAGUUGUUUAAUUGGGCAUCUCAACAGCAUAGGUUUAGGCACAAUGUUUCCUCUUUUCAUAUUACCAUAAAGAAGCUUGGUGCUGCUAGAAUGUAUGAAGAAAUGGAUGAUAUUGUUAAUCAAGUGCUUGCUAUUCGUUCCCUUGGUACUGAAGCUCUUUACAAUACCAUGAUUUAUUAUUUUACCCAAGCUCGAAAAUUGACUAGGGCUGUGAAUAUAUAUAAGCACAUGAAGGACAUGGGGAAGUUGGAUUGUAGGCCGUCUAUUACGACUUAUAAUAUCCUUUUCACGGCGUUGUUAAGUACGGGUAAGAAUUCAUACAUCAAUUACAUGUAUAUGGACACGAUUCGGUGUUUGUUUAGGCAAAUGGUGGAUGAUGGGGUGGAACCGGAUGUUUACACCUUGAAUUGUUUGAUUAAGGGGUAUGUGCUAUCGUUGCAUGUCAAUGAUGCCCUUAGGGUAUUUCAUCAGAUGGGUGUUGUUUAUAGUUGCCGGCCUAAUUCAUUUUCAUAUGAUUACUUGAUCCAUGGGCUUUGCGCUCAAGGAAGAACCAAUAAUGCUAGGGAGCUAUGUGUGGAAAUGAAGGAGAAGGGAUUCAUUCCAAGUGUUAAAUCUUACAACUCCAUUGUGAACUCCUUAGCUCUUGGUGGGGAGUUGGAUCAAGCCGUGAAUUACUUAUGGGAGAUGAUUGAAAACCAACGAUCAGUCGAUUUUAUAACCUACCGGACUCUGCUUAAUGAGAUAUGUCGCCAAAAACAGGUGGAAGAUGCCGUGGAUUUACUGGAGAAGUUGCAAGAGAAGCACCUACUAGGUGAGGCUACUUAUAGGGACCUUCUCCACGGGAUUGAAUGGUGUGAGAAACAAAUGGUGUUCAUUCUAUCCUGUGGCAAAGCGAAACCCACUAAAGCUAUGAAAGUAGGUGCUGCUAGGCACACAGAACUUGAAGAAGAGGUAGCCAAAAAGGUGCCCAUCCAAGUUACAUCCGCUGAGGACAAAUGGGCUCUGAGAUUCAUAAAUUUUAUUGUUGGUGCAAAUCAGUUAUUGUUUGAAGGAUUGACACGUGAAUUACCCUUGUAGGUUUGUUUCCUUGAAACAUUAGUUUCUUGAUUCAGUGCUUUAUGAUGCCGUGCACCUAGUGUGAAACUUGAGAAUUAUUGCUGCUUAGUUCUGCACAUGUACUGAUAUUUUUCAGGUCACUCUGCUUUAAAUGCUCUUAAAUUUGCAUGAGCAUGCUCCUCUGUGUAAGUCCGCCCCUCACCUCACUACCACAAGCAAGAUGCAUAUCAUAUCCCCCUCUAUGUGCUUUGUGUAUCCUCUAUGUGGGUGAUUCUGGAGUGAAAUUGUUUUCUUUUAUGGUCUCAUGGGCUCUUUUUUAUCUGCAGAGUUAGCUUCGAAAUGAUGAAGUUCGAAUGCCUCUCUCAGAGACUGAAACAUAUGCUA